GGUGUACGUAAAUCAAGUUCGCCCAGAAAGUGUUUACUUUUUAUUAGUUGCAACAUUGCUAUAUCCGGUGAGAAGACGGUGUAGAAUAAUUUAGAACUAGAAGGAUCAUCGCCAUGCCUGUUUGUGAAACAUGUGAUGGCGAGGACUAUGAGGAGAUUGAUGGGUUUUUCUACUGCACCACUUGCCAAACACAAUCUCAGGCCUUCCGAGUAGAAGAGAUUGAGGAUGAAUUUGCGCCUCGUCCAUCAAAUACACUGGAGAUUAAAUCAUCAAAAAGCCAGUCUAAAUCAAAAAGAGAAGAUAAAGAAAAAGAUCUAGGUCGUCCAUGGCACACUUAUGAAGCUUUCCAGAAGAUUAUCAAAGAACAGGUUAAAUCCCUGAUAAAACUUGGUGCUGAUCCUGCAUUGAAAAAUGUUGUCUUCAAGUUUUGGUGUAGAUAUCUCUCCUUCACUGGAAUAGCAUUCCCAGAGGAUCUAGAUAAACAAAAAGACUUGUUUGCUGGCUAUCAAAGGCAGAGGGAAGUAUACCCAGCUACAAUAGAAAAUCCUGUAAUUCCACCUGUGAGAUACAGGAAAACACAUCUCCAAAGAUUUGGGAUGUCUGCUAAGAAAUCAAAACAGAAGCAGGAGAAACAGGAAAUGAAGGAGGCCUUGAGGAAUGAGGAGUUCUAUGAAGGAGAUAAUCCUCUGGAGGAUAAUCCAUCAGAGUCCUCAGAUAUUGAGGAAGAGGAGGACUUGGAGGAAAACAGAACCAAUCUGAUUCAAGAAGACAGUGUAAGGAAGACCAUACAAUGGAUGAGUAUGAACAGGGCUCUGUGUUUUUGUUUCCUUGGUCUCAGGAAAAUGAAGUGUCUAGUCACAGCUUCAGAUAUUGUUAGAUGGGUGAAACAAGGUCAUAUACCAUAUCUGCAGGCCACCAAGAUUCUGCCAAAUGACAUGAAAUUUUCCUCCGCUGAUAACAAAGCUUUUACAACAAAAGUGCCCACUGUCGAGGAAAUCAACAAAACAACUGAAAGGUUGUUAAACUUUCUACAGGAAGAUGAUGCUGAAGUUUCGGUUCCAACAUCCAUCCUUAUCAGCAAGAAUUUAGUUCUUCUAAAUUUACCAGGUGAGCUUCAUGGAUUUGUACAAAGAUUACACCUAAUGCGAGCUGACAACAUAAAUAUUGAAAGUGGGGAGGAGUGUAAUGUAAAUAAUGAAGUCAUCGCCAUGAUGUGUAUCAUUACAACACUACAACUGUUGCUGGGAUUGAAUGAUAAAAUGGAGUGGGAACUUUCAAAAUGUGCAAAAAAGUUAAUGGAAAUGCCAGGUUUUAAUCAUACUUUAUUUUGUUGGGAGCAGUGGGUAUCAUACACAAGCAUACAUUCAUUGAGUGGGACAUACUCCAAAGUGCUGACAAACCAGUUUGACCCUCGGUCCAUAAAAGAUGUACAGAAAUACAUGGAAGAAGUGAAAUCUCUGAAGUUAAACGUCAGAAAGAUGUGCAAGGAUGCAAGAAGUAGCUGUGAAAACAAAAUAAACCAAGAAGAAACUGUAGCAGCUAUAAGGAGGCCUGUUUAUUUACUUCAAGAGGAAAUUCAAAAGAAUUACCAAAAACAGGUCAAGCCUCAAAGUGAUAGAGAUUUUCUGUCAUCAAAAUAUGCCGAGGAGGAUCCCCUUGGUUAUAUGAUGGGGGAGUACGACAAUGAAAUAUCUGAAAAUACAGAACUGGAGACCGUUUCAUUCAAGUCUUACAGUUUAAAAUACAUCACCCAGCCCAGGUCAUUUGUCAAGGCUCUUGAAAAUUGUGGCUUAGACGACAGCACCAUCUACAGUUCAUGUUUUGAAAGUUCUGAUGAAGACAUUCAGGAGGACCUGGAAAAUGCUGAAACUUUAACACAAAGCAGGAAAAGAAAACGCAGAAAGGAAAAGGAAGAAAUGAGGGAGAAAUUGUCCAAAGUGAUUGAUUUCAGUCAGUCCGAAGAAAGUAAAUUUGAUACUAAAAAACUGAUUGAAAUUUCAGACAUGGUGAUAUGUGUGCAAGAGAGUUUUCCUUUGUUUGACCCAAUGGAUAUUGUGACCAAUCAGAGUGCUUCUCUUCAGUGGUUGAUACAAGUCUGUGCAGGAGUUAUUCAGUGUUCAGUGGAAAGUCUCAGAACUGAGCUUGUGAAAUUUCAGGCAACUAUGUUUGGUAAAGAAGACUUUAACAGUAGAGAUCGGAGUGAAUUUCUGCAUAAUAUUGCAAAUAAGUAAUUUCUCAUGGAAUGGUUCAUAAAUAUCAAUAAAAGCACAAAUAAUAAA